AUGGCUUACCACACUCGCUCUAACAGCUUUCCCUCAGGGCCACACCCCAUCAUUCAAGAGGUUGAUGAACAUUUGUGCAGAUUGAGGUCUUCAGAAGCCACAUCCACAUCUUCAUCAUCAAUAAGACACCAACUAAGUGGUCUCAAGGAUUUGCAUGAUUGUGUUGAUAGGUUGGUUCAAUUACCACUCACCCAACAAUCCUUGUCACAAGAGAAGAAUCAGAAAUGGACUAGUGAGCUAUUAGAUGGAUCUCUUAGGCUCUUGGAUGUUUGUGGCAUUGCCAAGGAUUCUCUAUUGCAAACCAAAGAGUACAUUCAAGACCUUCAAUCGAUCAUUCGAAGAAGGGGUGGAGAAGAAUCUGGUGUCCUCACAAGUGAGGUUAGGAAAUACUUAACCUCAAGGAAGAUGAUGAAGAAGACAAUCCAAAAGGCUUUGGUGAAUCUGAAGGCAAACCGAUCCACUUUCUCUUCACUCGACAACAACCAAGAGACUAUCGCUGUUGCUAGCAAGCUGAGAGAUAUUGAAGCAGUCACUCUCACAGUGCUCCAAUCAGUCCUCUCCUUCAUCUCUGGGCCAAAGUCGAAGCCUAGCAGCUGGUCUUUGGUUUCCAAGGUGGUGCAGUCCAAAAGAAUAGCUUGUGAAGAAGCAAAAGUAAAUGAAUUUGCAGAGGUGGAUGCUGCAUUUAAGUCAAUCAAGAAUGCAAAUGCACAGAACCAGCUUAGCAAUCUGGAGUCAUGCAUUCAAGACCAAUUAGAAGGACUCCAGUGUCUAUUUAGGCAACUGAUUAAAACUAGAGUCUCCCUUCUCAAUAUUCUCAACCACUAA